CGAUGAAGGUGUAGCAUAUGUUGAUCGAGGAUGAUUUUUAAAGCUUUUCGCCCGGCGUGUGCGCAGCGCGCCGACCCUGACGUUCACCAAACUGCGCGGGGCGGACGCGCAGAAGUUGGACGAGCUGUUCGGCGUGCAGGACUGCCUCAUCGAGAUCAACCCGGGCCGCGUGCUGCUGCCGCCCGACUACCAGCAGAUCGGCGAGCGCAUCAUGAACCUCACCGUGCACGCCGACGACACCUGGCUCGUCUCCUACCCGCGCACAGGUAGCACAUGGGCUCAAGAAAUGGUAUGGUGCAUUGGAAACGAUUUGAAUUUUGAAGGAGCAAAGCAAUUACAGCAACUCAGAUGCCCUCUUCUGGAGUUGACUGCAGUACUUGCCCACGACCAUGGAGAAUGGAUGGAGGACUUGGGAAAUUCAGUUAAUUUGGUAGAAAACAUGCCUGCUCCUCGGUAUAUAAAAACCCACUUACCUUGGGAACUCUUGCCCAUUGAACUGAAGGAGAAAAAGCCGAAGAUAGUGUAUGUGGCACGGAAUCCAAAAGACAUGUGUGUGUCAUAUUAUCAUUACUGCAAGUUAGUUCAUAAUCUACAGGGAUCAUUUGAAGACUUCUGUGAACUCUUCCUCAAGGAUCGAGCUCCUGUGGGACCCAUUUGGAACCACAUUCUCGGUUUCUGGAAGAGAAGGCAUGAACCAAAUAUUCUUUUCCUUACAUAUGAAGAUAUGAAAAAGGAUCAAGAAGGAGCUAUUCGCAAAACUGCAAAGUUUCUUGGGAAAGACCUUUCUGAUGCUGAAGUCACAGAACUUGCAAAUUACUUGAGUUUCAAUAACAUGAGAAAGAACCCAGCAGUUAAUUUGGAGCCAGUAAUUGAAAAGAAGAAUGGGCCUAAUUACAUGGAGAAGAAUCAGUUGUUUUUCAUCCGAAAGGGAGAAAUUGGAGAUUGGAAAAAUCACAUGUCACCAGAAAUAGCAGCAAAAUUUGAUGUUUGGACAGAAGAAAAUCUUAAAGGAACUGGUCUUAAAUUUUGAAAACUUUCCUCACUUUCUUUUAUGAAACAAAACAAAAAUGUGUGUAUGAGAAAAGCAAAAUUCAUGAGAAAAAAAGGACAAAACAUAAACAAAACAGCCCAAAAUCUACUGUACAGAAACUUUAUAAGUACAAAGGUGAAAAAGUUCAAAAGAAGGCCAUUCUUGUCACUAAUCCCAGUUAUUCACUUAGAUCAUAAAUUUCCAAGUGAAACGUAGCACUAAUAUUACAUUGUAUAUUCAUUUUUUUCAAAAAAGUUGAUUGUUGUAUUUUGUUAUUAAGUAGAUUUAGUGUAAUAAUUGUUAUGAUUAAUUCAAUAUCAAAAUAAAUUUAUAAUAAAAUUUGAA